CAAAAAUAAUCUCGAAAUGGCAAGAAUAAGGUGGUUCACGCGUACGUCUCGCAUAGUAGCGUUGUGCAGUUUCGCAAAUUUCAUCAACAGCGCGGACAGGGUUAUCAUGCCCAUCGCAAUCGUCCCUAUGGUCAAAGUGUUCGGAUGGAGCAUGCACUUGCAAGGGUGGAUACUUUCAGCGUUCGCAUGCGGCUAUUUCACUAGCCAGAUAUUAGGUAGUUUUUGGGCAUCCAAGCUGGGAGCAAAAAACGUUUUGAUAUGUAGCGUAUUAUUGUGGAGCGUCGCAACUUUCAUAACCCCUUUUUUGGCUCACAGCGCAACGGCCCUCAUCAUGUGCCGUAUCGGGCUCGGUUUCGCUGAAGGCUUAGGACUGCCAACUAUUUUUCACUUGUUCGCUCACAGCAUUCCUGUGGAGGAAAGAUCUCGGGCGUUCUCCUACCUCUUGGCAUCGGGUUCCGUGGGUCAAACCUUUGCGUCCAUAUUGUGUCCUCACCUCGACUGGGAAGCCUGUUUCUAUUGGUUCGGUUCGUUGGGUUUCAUGUGGGUGAUUUUGUGGUACUGUUUCUAUCCUCGCGACGCGUUUGGCGGGGACGAAACCAUACCGCUGCACAUGCCCAAAGUGAUAUCGCACAGUAUUCGCUGGGCGGAUUUUAUACUGAGCAAACCGCUGUGGGCGAUAUACGCCGCGCAUUUCGCAAUGAACUGGUCCUCUUACAUCAUAAUGAACUGGUUACCGACUUACAUGAGUACCUAUUUGGGUGCCAACUCUCAUAGUUUAAGUCUCACGGCGGUACCCUACAUUGUCAACUCGAUAUUUGGUAUCGUUAGCGGCCACGUGGCUGACGGACUGUUGCUGAACAAAAGUUGGUCAGUUUUAAACGUCAGACGGCUAAUGACGUGCGUGGGUUUGGUCGGCCCCGCCCUAUUUCUUGCAAUAUUCGGUGUGGUCGACCAUCUCGCGUUUGCGCUGGUACUCGUGAGCAUCUCGAUGGGACUGUCCGCUUGCAAUUCCGCCGGCCACUUAAGUAAUCACGUCGAUGUGGCGCCAAAUCACGCGGGUACCACUUUCGCGAUCAGCAACACGAUAGCCACGAUACCGGGGAUAUUGUGCGGCCACGUGACCGCUAGUCUGGUCACGAUGUCCGACGGCAAAUGGCUGGGGGUGUUUUUAGGCGCGACCCUGUGCAAUUUGGUGGGCGCGUUCGUGUACUUUACCAACAGCGUCGCCACCCAAGUGUUGUAAAUAAAGUGACUUUUUCAUGUAUAAAAUGGUGUAUAUUUAUAUAGAGAAAUGAAAUUAAAAGAUGAUGUUUCA